AUGUCGGUCAACGGGUCCGUCGAGAUCCUGCGGUGGUUUGAAGAUGACGAGGCCACUACUGAACACGGCACGUCCGACGAUAAAGUCAACUACAACAGCAUCGUAUGGUCUCAGGCUGAAAAUGGCGACCCGCUCGUCUGCGUCACGGGAGACUCUCGCAUCAAGGUCUUGAAUGUCCGGACCGGGGAGCUCACAGCAACGCUGAUAGGCCAUGGCGAUUCAGUGAACGAUCUCGCCAUAUCGCCGAUAGACCCGACCAUUCUCGCCUCCGCAUACCACCCGAAAGGCCAGUACAUCCUAACAGCGGGUAUGGAUACCAGGAUCAAUUUGUGGGCAGUACCCGAAGACCUCAAGGAACACGCUGGCACCGACAAGCCGGCCAUAGUGCACUAUCCCCACUUUUCCACUACCGAGAUACACACUGACUUCAUCGACUGGUAA